CGGAGUAGGCUGUCAUUGUAAAUAAGAAUUUGUUUUUAACUGACUUGCCUAGUAAUUUUGAGAUACAAUGUCGUACAGUAGAUCAUAUCAAUCAUAUUAUUUUCUAGCCCAAAGGCCGGCAGAUGGCGAUAUUGAGUUGUUUCAUGAUAAUGUCCAAAGGCAUUGUUUGCAGCUGGCUAUAAGCCUGUAGCCGGUUCGUACAUAAAACAUUCUCCAUUCAGGCUGCAAAGGUGUCGAUUUCCUCCUUAAUUUGAUUUAUUGGCGAUAAUGCCACAGGGAAAAAAACAGGGAAAGUAUGUGUACUUUAUGAAACACAAUUUUGCACCACCAUGCUAGGGUGGCUAAUGCAUGAUCACUCAUGUUGGAAACUCUGAAAUGUUACACUUGCUAACCUAGGUGGAAGAAUCAGAUUCUGAAUUUCCCUCUUGGGUUUGGACCAGAAUCAACCAAUAGGAAGCUUUACGCAAAUAACUUUAGUUCACUUUAAGUCACAGGUCCCGAGUUUCCGACAUGACAUGAACACAGCAUAAUACCUAGGAACGCUAGUCCCAGAUGUGCAUAUCGCCUUUAGCCAUUUAGGCUGCAGCUGUCUGUUGUUUACCGCUGGCUGAAAAAGGGGUGUAAGUAGAAUCAACCAAUAGGAAGCUUAUUUAUAUAUAUAUAUAUUUUUUUAAUAUAUUUUUUUAUAUAUUUUUUUAUUUUAUUAUUAUUAUAUUUUUUUUAAAUCAAACCUUCUCACCAUUAAAUCAAGUUAAGGAGGAAAUUGACACCCUUGCAGCGUGAAUGGAGAAUGUUUUAUGUACAAACCUGUCCAUGGGGGACACGAGUGUAUAGCUGGCUGCAUCGUCAUCUGCUGGCCUUGAGGCUGUACUCUGAGGAUGGUGAACACAUUGUCCUGGUUCACACAGAAGAUGACAGAUUCUGGGCUAUGGAUUCAUCCUGUCCCCAUGAAGGAGGCCCUCUUGACCUCGGUGACAUUGAGGACCUGGGAGAUGGGAAGAGGGUUCUGGUCUGUCCCUGGCAUCACUUUGACUUCUGCCUGGAGACAGGUGCCUCUUCCAUGGGACUACAGAACCAGGUGUAUGAGGUCAGAGUUGUCCAAGACAUGAUUUAUAUCAACACACAGAAUGAGCUGUGUCUAAGUCCCAUCCCAGAGACAGACACAUCUAAUGGCAAGUUGUCAGUAGAUGCUGUCGAGCCAUCACCCUCUGAGGACACACUGUGCUUCUGGGCUACAAAGAUCCUCUGCACACCAGACCCCAAAGAGAAGGUAGCCAUGACACUGGAGGUCCAGGAGAGGUGGAACAGUGGGGAGAUAACAGAGGUGGGUCAGGCUACACCACCUGUCCAGCCAAGCAGGAAGGAGAACCUGACCGUACUGCAGCCGGGCAAAAUCAAGCGUGGCAAAGGUGGCACACAGGCUAGCAGGAUAGCCCUCCUCCACUCCCUGGCUAACAUAGAGCAGUGGGCUAUAGACCUGUCCUGGGACGUCAUCGCUCGCUUCUCAUCGGUCAGACUGGACACUGGAGAGCCCCUGCCCCGCCAGUUCUUCAGCGACUUUGUCAAAGUGGCCGGAGACGAGGCCAAGCAUUAUCACUUACUAGAGACGAGGAUCACAGAACUCGACAGCUUCUUUGGUGCGUUACCUGUUCAUAAUGGACUGUGGCAGUCAGCAACGGAUACGUCCCACAACCUUCUGGCGAGGCUAGCCAUUGUGCAUAUGGUACAUGAAGCCAGGGGCCUAGAUGUGCACCCCCAGACCCUCUCCCGCUUCGCUGCCCAGGGGGACUGCAGCUCUGUGGAGGUGCUGGAGGUUAUCUACCGGGAUGAGAUCACUCACGUGGCCGCCGGGCUCCGCUGGUUCACCUACAUCUGUUCACAGGAAGAACGGGAUUGCUUAUCUACUUUCCAUGACUUGGUGAAGCAGCACUUCAAAGGUUACCUGAAGCCUCCUUUUAACACAGAGGGUAGGAAGACAGCAGGGAUGACAGAGGAGUGGUACGUGCCUCUUGUAAAGCCUCCCAGUUAACAGACAAUGCCCCCGAGACCAGCAUGCUGUGACGAACACAGUUGUAAAGCCUCACAGUUAACAGACAACGUCCCCGAGACCAGCAUGCUGUGACGAACACAGCUGCUGCGUCCCAGCGGGUGGAGGAAGCAGAUUCACACCAAAUCUCAUAAAACCUGGAUGAAGGCCAAACUGUUACUAUUAUAAAGGUUUAAACUCAAACAUGUCAGUAGCCGUAUCAAUGUGGCAUUGCAAUCUAAUAUCUGAGCCCUGAUGACGUGGCAUUCGAUCAUUGGUUAAUUUGUGCAGCGCGACUGCAAUGUAGUCGGCCUGGAACGGCACCAUUU